UUUGAGGGGCUCGUUAGAAGGGGCAAUGAGGAAACUGUAUUUCCCUUACUAUCGCGUUUAUGAGAGGAUUUACCAUUACGUUUCGACGAAGCGCUGCCAUGUCUAUUGUGUUCAGAUCUCAUAUCCACCUUUGCUGGUUUGCUCACCGGUCGUACAAAAUCAGUUUCGUUAGUUUUAGCAUUAAGCACACCUUUGCUACUUUCUGUAACACCGAUUGCCGGCAAUUCAGGGCACGCCUUAUUGCGAUCAUUGUUGUGUGCCAUAUGCUGCGCCGAUAAAGUCGCCACCGGUUUCUUCACUUUGCGACCGAUCUCACUUUUACUGGGUUUGAUCACUUUUGUGCAUUUGCUGCGCUCCGACUCUUCCGACAUAGCCAUUUUGGUGCGUGUUUCAGCAAAAACAUCUUCGUUAGCAUGAAUACGCAUGCUGUGAGUAAUGGUACCGAGACUGUUGAGACCUUCGGCGGUCUGUUGUACGGCCUCCAUCGAUCCUUGAACAGCAUCCAAUGAGAACCCAAAAUUGACGCCCGCUUCAUUGCCAAAUGUGGGUAUGCUGAUUAUACCGGUAUUACCGUUCAUUUUCAUUUUUGGAUUCUGCUCGUUCGUCAAGUGAUUUGCCUUUGAAUAUUGUUGAUACUCUUCGAUGGCGCGGUAAGCCGAAUCGGUCAACUUUACUCUAAUAUACACCUUCGAAUCGUCCUUGUUAUAAUCUUGAGUCAUCUCGUAGUCACCGGCAUUAAAUGUUACUGGACAGUCUGACAUGUUGCUCGUGUAUCGUUCUAAGAAAUAUUUAAUAUUACGUCUUGCUUUGCCGAAUCACUGUGGGCUUCUAUCACGUUUCUCAGCCCUCACUUCCUUUUAUAUGCGUUAGACAUUGUUGUUGUGCAUAACUCUACCUGCAUCUAACUCCAAGGACAUGUGUUUACUUCUUGCCUUUGUCUACCUUUAAGCCGAGCUUACACGAAGUUUGCUUAGCUAAGUGUAUCUCUACAUUUACAUACAUACAUACAUUUUUGUGUAACUGAUUUCAGCCACUUGUUGUCUUUGUUGCAUCUGCAAUUUCUUUUUAUAAACGCCGAAGAAAGAACCUCGCAAAUAGACAAGACACAACCUUCGUUAAGACAUCUUUUCGAUUGUGGCUAAAGAUUUUAAUGAUUUCUCCAGAACUACUUUGGUUUACAAAAUUUCUUAUAGUUUUUUAAUUAACUUCUCUGCUUCAAUCCAACUAAGUGUUCAAAUACUCUACUCAGUUUCUAAGCAAUGAUCAUUUCAAUGCAAUGUUUUGAAAUCCAGCAAACCCAGACGUUUCUCUUGAAGAAAUAAAUCCAAAAAAAGGCUGUGAAGAGUUUCUCAUAGAAGACAGUUGCGAGUGUAAGUACAAGAACCCCAGCAUUUGGCUUGAGAUCGCGUGGCUUAGAAAGAGCGUCAAGCGAGCUUACUUACACUCUGGGCUUCGUUCAUUCUUAUUUGAAGUGGGAGUGACAAAAACGCCUUCCAAAAAUAUGAACUACCAUUAUCAUUGUGGGGUUUUAAUCAUUACAACACUAUAAAACGCAUUCAAUACGAAAAAUGAACUUCGUGGUCCAAAGUUGGAGUGCCUACGAGUAAAUUAUGUAGACGUUAUUGUUAUAUUAUAAGGGGGAAAUCCGCUAACAAACAAAUUACCUGUCAUCGUGUCACGUGUUCGACAAACGAACGGUCGCUGUACGAUAUAGGUAGGUGUUUCCCAAAAGUGAAGCAUAUAAAACAAAAAGUAGCUGUUAUUUUAUAUUUGAAAGAAUACUUAACAAAAAGUAUAUAGUAAAUAUAUUUUUUUGUAUUUGAUGGUGGAAAACAAUUUAAAAUUCUAAAGACUUAUAUUUGAAGGGCGUGGAGCAAAGAGUUUUUAGCACAAAGAGUACUGCCAUACAUUGCCUAAUCCCUUGCAUCAUUUUUAAAGCAAAUAACAAACUCUCACAUGUACACAAAUAAUACAGGGGUGUUACUGCUAAACUAUAUGUAGAACUUUCUAGAAUGAGAAACUGGCGAAAUCUUCAAUAUCUGUGGUAGCGGCUGAACGUUCAUAGCGAUAUUUUUCUAGUUCCAACUUCUGGGUCAUAUUUAUACCAACGGCUGUGCAAUUCUCAGUAAUAAUUUUAGGAAUAUUAGAUCGUCUGCGAACCUGCUCAAUCUAGAGAUAGAUUUCACCAGUCUUUUUCUUCGAAUAUGAAAAGCAUUUAUUUAGAAAUGUAUAGCGAGUCAUUAUACGCAUUCCAUUCUUCAUUCAUUUCGAUCUAUUGCGCACUAAAUUUGGUAGUUAUGAGGAGAAACCAUUGGUAUUUCGGUAGCUACAAGUAUUAUGAGCGCAAGCCAUACAAAAAACUUGCGUUUAAAGCAACUUUUGAGAAAGUUAUGUCGAAAAUUAUAUCAAUACUGAAAAAAUGUAUAUAGUACCUAGUUAUUCUAAGUUAUGUUAGGUUAAAUGGCUGAUCUAGAGAGAUCGAACUUGAACUAAUAUGUACACCUUUGAAAAAAAUAACUUCAACCAACUUAUAAAUUAACAAAACGCUUUAUGCAAAUCAAAUUUGCACAGGCGUUUAAUUUCCAUACCCGCCAGUUUUGUGAGUUGUCAGAAGGUCUACGCAUCCAAGGGUUUAAUGCGAGACAGUCAAGAUGGAAGUUUUUGAAUGUUUUCACCUCGUCUUCUUCCAUACAGCUUCUGCGGAUGACAAGAUUCCCAGCCUUACAGCAUAGACGCCAAUAGGGAAAUUGUCAGUUUAAACCGUUGCAACUAGGGAGAGGCUAGCCUACUCUAACUAUUUAGUUCAAAAAAUGGAUUAGUAUACCCUAUUGUAUUUCAGUUUUAUGUUACAAAUUAAUUGGAGUACGCAAAAAUUAAUAAUAGAUGAGCAUGUUUUCCGAGUUGACUAACAUUAAGCAUUACGAAAGCCCAGCGAAUUCUUUCUUAUCUAGAACAUAAAUAUGUAUACACUUAAAAGGCAAUAAAGUUGUCAGCUUCCUAAUGUCGAAAGCAUAAUCCAAAUCUUUCCGACAGAUAUAGAUGAAAGUAUUCAACGCGUCAUUUGAGGGAACUUCCCAUUUAUAAGCGCUGUUAACUUCCUGGUAGAUCAAAAACAAACUUCAAGUUUAAAAAAGUCUACCAUAUAAAUAUAUUUUCAGUAGAAAGUAAAGAGAUUCAAAACACACAAAGUAAUACAAAGCCUUCUAGCGAGCCAUGUUUGGAGCAAUACCAAUAUAUGAAGUUCAGGAAACUUUUGUAUGCAUCCAUCACGAAAACCCACAAAAAAUUACUAAAUUUUUUUCUGGUGGGCGGGAUCAAAUAUACAAUAUUUUCAUAAAAAAUAGAUAGAUUAACAGUUCGGGCAACUCAUUAUUUGGCAUUGGUUCCCAGGUAGACGUGUUUUUGAAAAGGUGUUUUUUAAUAAAAUCCUUUUUUAUCAGUUGAAAGGCAUCAUUACUGAUGAAUUUUAUUAAGAAAUUUUAAUAAUACAAGAUUCAGGAAGUUUUGGUAGCAUCCAUCAAUUUGCUUUUAUAAUAAAAAUCUUUACUUACUAACAAAAAGAAACGUUCCAGAAAAAUUAGCAACAACAACGUUCGGCUUUUCAAAGCAUUCUACAACACUAUAAAAAACGAUUUCACACGAAAAGCGAAGUCUCGCGGCCGAAGUUCGGCACGGUGAAACAAGGCAGUUAUGUAACUGCCAUUGUUUCGUGUGGCCUAGAAACGAAGGUUUUCUUAGGAAAAGGUAUUGUUAUGCUGCAAUAUUGUAAACAUAAAUGUGUUGUUGGUUUUAGGUUGUUUUUUUUUUAACAGAUUGUGGGCGUAAAUUCUAGAAAUCCCUUAAUUGUUUUGUUUUUCCGUUUUUUCCUUUGUAUGUAGAUUAUGAGGAAGACAUGUGUAUAUUUUUUCCACAUGUUGCUACAGAGGAUAUUAGUUUUGUGUAUCUAACUAUUGUUUGUAUCACAUUAAACUAAUCGAGAUAGAUAUCGUGUUAUACAUAUUUAGUGAUCAUAUAUAAUGAUUAUAUAUAUAUUAAUAAUCAAGCGGAUGAGACGCGUUAAACUAGGAACUAUCUGUCCGUCUGUAUAUAUAUAAGUCAUAUUCCAAAACGCUAAAGAUAAAGUUAACAAACUUACUGAUGAGCAAAAAGCUUUUCUUACUCCGCCCUAGAUAUUUCUUAAAAGCUAUGAAAGGUUGAUGCUAACAAAAAAACCAUUACCUCUUAUUGCUGAAGGGGUUUCAUGGGUUUCCUCGAGUAAAAAACAGCAUUUUUCCAACAAAUUCACAUAUGAAAAAUUAAAUACUUUAUUAGAAUUUUUUAUUUUUACAACUAUACACUUAGUAUUAACAAAGAAAUUUUGAAAUUAUGAGAAAGAAAUAUUUAAACUCGGUCAUUGCGACGCCAUUUCCGGUGACACCUCCGAAGAAAGAUGCGCUUAUGUUGGCAGGAUAACUCCUUGUAGGUUCAUCUAACGUGAAAAAAUACGUGUUCUAUUUAAAACUUUAAUAUAAAAUUCGGACGAAGGUAAAAACACUAAAAAAUUAGAUUUUUGACAGACAUUUUUACCAAAAAAAAAAAUAAAAUUUCGCAUUUUUUUUUUUGUUUUAAGCAAUAAUCGAAAAAAAACCUUCAUCCAAGUCUUUAAGAAUGGUAUCUCAAAUACCUGUGUAAAAUUCAUGUAGCUUUUGGAGUUUUCGAGAUAUUUUGCCAACCAACUUCAAAAACACAGUUUCAAGUUAUUAAAAACGGCGCACUAGUUCUCAAGGCUGUGCUUUCGAAACUAUUCCUCAGAUGAACUUCAAAAUUGAGGACAACAUUUUAGAGGUUUUGUAAAAUGUAAUAAGACUUCGAUUUUUUGAAACCCGUAAACCCAUGUAACCCCUUACUUAAGAAUAUGGAAUAGAAUUUUCAGAGUAUGUGCGGUAAGUUGAACCUGAUAAAGCUUUAAAGGCAUCAAAUUUCUUUGAGUAGCCAGGAAAAUAAUGCGGGUUAUCUGCCAAGGCUUUUUCAAAACUAGAACUUUCUUAUUUUUGAAAUGGCAGAAAAUAGUGCACAAAAAUAUGAGCUUUGAUACUUUGGAAUAUUACUCAUGCAAUAACACAAAAUUAAGCUCCCUUUGGUUUUCAAACAAAUAGAUAAAGUAGUAAAGUAAUUUAAAAUGAACGUACCAUGCAUGCUACCUGAGGCAAAUUUCUCGAAAACCACACAAAAAAUAACCUGCUUUAUUUUUUUUUUUUUUGGUAGGUGGGUUCACUUAGUGCAAGAUUUUCAUAAAAAGGAUUACGUGAUAGAUUAACGGUUCGGGCAGAAUACGUUAAUUGUUAUUGCUUCAAAGGUAGGCGGGUUUCAAAAAUAAUGUAUUUUUUUAAUUUAAUCCCUUUUUGCCAGGUGCAAGGCACCAUGUUGAGCCAGUUUUAUGUUGCUGAUGAAUUUUGUGAAGAAAUAAAGUAUAGCAAGUUUUUACAAAUAUAAGCGAAAAGCAGCUACAGGAAGACAGAGAAACACUUGCGACACUUUGCUAUAAAAACAGGUGUUAUGUUGCAACGCUUAGUAGUAGAGAAGAGUUAAGAGUCGCAGCAACACCUAAAAUUCUAACAUCUGGAAAUAGCAAAAUGAACAUGGCAUCCAAAACACAUAAGAUCAGCAGCUAUGCACGCGCCGGCGGCAGUGAGUUAUUUCUCAAAGAAAGGCAAAGACCCAACAUGAAUCGAGGAGGAGCUGCUUCAGCAAAAAUACCAAAUAUUACGUCACGUAAAAUACGUGAACGAUUGGUUCAUUUGCUGGCAUUUAAGGCCUACACAAGAAUCGAAUUAAAUGAAAUCUUGAAGCGAGAGGGUUCACAGGAAUGUGAGCGUCGAGUAAUGACUACUGUGCUUAAAGACAUAGCGCAGCUACGACAUAACACGUACAGUUUGCGUCCACGGAUGUGGAAGGAAGUGGACGAAAACUGGCCGUAUGUGACGAAAGAAGAGCAGCAGCAACUCAAGUGGUUCAAAGAGCAGAAUUCACGACCGCCAAAUAGUUCGGACGAAGUGACCUCCGUUUCCAGCUGCAGUCCACCACAAUUGGAAGAAAGCGAUCGGCUAAGAGCAGGUGACACGCUGAAGCGCCCCUGUGAGAAUAACUAUGUACCACAACCGACAAAGCAGAGGAAAACAGAGCAUACAAUCGACAAUAAAUGUUUGGAUAAAGAGGACACGUACGCCAAACAGCCUGCAAUUCACGCGCCCGCCAGCACAAAUGCCGCACAACUCGACAACUACGACUUCAGUGACUACACGGAGAUCACAAAUGGGGCGCAGCGUCAGCAGUAUAAGGCUGCAUUUGAUCGAGACUAUGAAGAAUACAUAAUACUCUUUCAGCAGAUCGGUGAGUUGGAACGCAGUUUCGGCGAACUUGGCGGUAUGUAUCUAACGGCGUUAAGUAACGGUUCCGACCGCCAGAGCAUUACUAAGCGCAUUGUGGCCUCCCAUAACAUCAUCUCUAGCCAGGAGGGUUGUAUGCGCCAGCAGCGUCGCGAUUACUUACACGCAAAACUAGCACAUAUCAAAAACCUUAUAACGGUCUAUGAUAGCAAAUGUGCAAAAGAGGUAGCACUGGCAAUGCCUAAGCAACAUGAGUUGAUGCAAGAGCGUGUGAACGCUGAAAUAGUGGCCUCUACUAUGCAGUUCCCACCCGCGAAAAACGAAGGAGUUUCCGAUUUUCUGGGCACCGAUUUGGCCAAAAUAGCUGAACCCGACGAAAAUCCGAUCAUAAACGGCUACGCGACAACAGCCACUACUAUGCAAUUUCCACCCGCAAAGAACGCAGACAUUUUAGAUUUUCUAGGCACCGAUUUGGCGCUGUCGGAGAGCGACAGUGAUGAUGAUUGAGAUUGUAGUAAUAAUAGAUAUAUAUAUGUAAACAAUGUUUAAAUUUUUUAUGGAUAUAAUAUAGAUUAUGUAUAGAUCAUAAAAUAUUGUCCAUAUUUUUUAAAACUUUUCAUUAAAACAAGUAAAAUUCCUUAUCAAAGUGUGUUUUUUGUUUGACACACUCCUGGUUGUCGCUGGGCUGCCUUUCUAACUGAUCCGAGCAGGCUAAGAACUAAUCGACUUUGAAGAUAAUUCGAAGGCCUUGCAAUGCCCUUAAAUUUUGCAUAAAUCCAUCUUUCAAGAGGGUUGGUUGCAGCAUUAUCAGUAACCGAAGAUUGGUUAACUUCUUUACGGUGAGUUCUAUUAAAACCAUUCAGUCCAAAAACUACAGGGGUUUCUAAUAAAAGUGAUAUGAUUUAAAGAAAUUCAAAUGUUUUUAUUUAAUGUGAAUCGAUAUAUAAUUAAGUUCCGAGUAUAACAUUAUUCAAAUGGCUUUCACGACUUCUUUUGCAGGGUCGAAUUUGAAAA